AUGACCACAGCUACCGGUGUUUACCCCCCGUUGGAAGCCCGUCCACUUAAUGACAACAUUGUGCUCUUCGAUGUUGACGAAACUUUGACCAAAGCCAGACGGACUGUCACACCAGAUAUGCUCGAACUACGCUCGCGCCUGCGACACAAGUGCGCCAUAGGCUACGUGGGCGGUUCGAAUUCUGUCAAACAACAAGAGCAGCUGGGAUCUUCCAACGUCGACGUGACCACUCUUUUUGACAUCUGUUUCCCCGAAAACGGUCUCGUUGCGUACCGGCUCGGUAAACCGCUUUCCAGCAACAGCUUCAUACAAUGGCUUGGAGAGGAUAAAUACCAGGAGCUGGCAAAUUUUUGUUUGGGUUAUAUAUCCAAGGUCAAACUACCAAUGAAGCGUGGAACAUUCGUCGAGUUCCGCAACGGCAUGAUUAACGUUAGCCCUAUUGGACGUAACGCCAGCGUGGAUGAGCGAAACGAAUUUGAGGAGUAUGACAAGAUCUAUAAUAUUCGAAAAGAUAUGGUGGAAGCCCUGAGGAGACAGUUUUCAGGCUACGGCCUCAGCUUCUCCAUUGGUGGUCAGAUCUCGUUUGAUGUUUUCCCUACUGGGUGGGACAAGACCUACUGUUUGCAACACGUUGCUGCUAAGAAGGAGAUCACUGGCACUGAGUAUAAGAAUAUUCACUUCUUUGGGGAUAAGUGCUUUGACGGAGGCAAUGAUUAUGAGAUUUACUCAGACCCUCGCACUAUUGGUCACUCGGUCUGUGGCCCUGAUGAUACCAUGAAGCAGUUGAAGGAGAUCUUUGAACUUUAA